AUGCUUGCUAUGCAGAAAAUUUGUCUGCUUUGCCCGCGCCUGUUCUGCGUGGUGUUACAUUGCGAGUUGGAACUGAGAGAUCAGGGGCGUGGUGUCAAUAUGAUCAUGUCUCAUUUCACUUGUAAACGCACAGAGCUUGCAAGCAUGUUGGAUGAUAUCUUCUUCAAGGGUCUCUUGGCAGCACCUGUCCCACCUGCUUGCACAAGAAUACGGAGCACUUUGCUUACUGCUGAGCUUCGGAACUUGUACGGCCCUGGGGUGGCCACUGCUCUACAGACCCCUCCUGUCGUCAGUGCAUCUCUUGCUACUGAUUCAGCGGCUACGCGAGCCUCUUCACCCUGUUUAGAGAAGCUGAACCGCACCGACCAACAGACGACGGUAUUCGUCAAUUUACGCCGUGCACUCGAUAUACAACAGGCUCUUGUUAGAAGCUAA